UCUUCACUUUUGGCCUAACUAAAACCAGACCUUCCUCGCCCUUAGAGUUCAGCCGGUUAGGUCAAGUAGAAUGCGUUGGGCUCCCUCAGUAUCAGAACUUGUGUGGGGAACUCUUCACUUUUGGCCUAACCAAAACCAGACCUGCCUCGCCCUUAGUGUUCAGCCGGUUAGGUCAAGUAGAAUGCGUUGGGCUCCCUCAGUAUCAGAACUUGUGUGGGGAACUCUUCACUUUUGGCCUAACCAAAACCAGACCUUCCUCGCCCUUAGAGUUCAGCCGGUGAGGUCAAGUAGAAUGCGUUGGGCUCCCUCAGUAUCAGAACUUGUGUGGGGAACUCUUCACUUUUGGCCUAACCAAAACCAGACCUUCCUCGCCCUUAGAGUUCAGCUGGUGAGGUCAAGUAGAAUGCGUUGGGCUCCCUCAGUAUCAGAACUUGUGUGGGGAACUCUUCACUUUUGGCCUAACCAAAACCAGACCUUCCUCGCCCUUAGUGUUCAGCCGGUUAGGUCAAGUAGAAUGCGUUGGGCUCCCUCAGUAUCAGAACUUGUGUGGGGAACUCUUCACUUUUGGCCUAACCAAAACCAGACCUGCCUCGCCCUUAGUGUUCAGCCGGUUAGGUCAAGUAGAAUGCGUUGGGCUCCCUCAGUAUCAGAACUUGUGUGGGGAACUCUUCACUUUUGGCCUAACCAAAACCAGACCUUCCUCGCCCUUAGAGUUCACCCGGUGAGGUCAAGUAGAAUGCGUUGGGCUCCCUCAGUAUCAGAACUUGUGUGGGGAACUCUUCACUUUUGGCCUAACCAAAACCAGACCUUCCUCGCCCUUAGUGUUCAACCGGUUAGGUCAAGUAAAAUGCAUGCAGUUCUUGUGGAAUGUUCGUAUAAAAAAUUAAAGUUUGUUGAGUUUGAGAUUGUAUAUGGAAAUAAAUGUCUUUUUUACCUUUAAAUUUUGAUGAAAUUGCAUUUCUUUUUCGUUAGUCAGAUUCUUCUUUUGAAUCUUCGAAAUUUCUUAAUUCUUGAUUUUGUAAUGUUGAAUGGAUGUGAAACAAUGUUAGGGUCUGAAAUUUUGGCAGAAUGUUAGGAUGAGGAUUUAGGAUAUAAUUCCUCUUUCUUAUAAGGAUCUGAAGCUAUAUAAAGGUAUUCUUCUCUAUUUCCAAUCAUAUGUGGUAAUCUUGUAGGUUCUUUAAUUUUAGGUGGAAAUUUUAGGAUAUUCUAAGGUAAUUUUUGCUUUCUUAAUAGGUUUUGUUGCUUGUUUUCAUGCCAUUGUUGAGUGUUUCUUGGUUGAUUAUCAACCAUUCUUCCUGUUGGAUCUAAAACCCAAAUGUUCUUACCCAAAGUGAAAUCUUUUUGUAUAAGAGAUUUUUCCACGCUAAUUUUCUAUUUACCACAUAGGUGCUCUAUCUUGAAAUGUAAAGGACUCAACAUGAGUUACUCUCCACCUUACGGUGAUAGAAAUCUUAGGUCUCUUAAAAGUUUUCCUCUUUCGUUUCGGUUGUACAUAAGAGAAGGGAUAAAAGAUUUCUGAAGGUAGAACAAUUAACAAGUAGAAGAAGAUGAAGAGAAAGGUUAGUGAAAUAAAAAAGAACACAAAGAUUAACCGGUUUUGUUAGGUUUAUCUUCUUUAUUGCUUUUCAAUCUUUGUGAAGAAUUUUACAAAGUAAACUCUCUCAACUUCAUUUAUGACUUCUUUUGC